AAAAAGGGCUUUUGUUCAGCCCAGUCGCUUCCUCAGAAUCUAGUGACAUCUCCUCAACUCCGGCGAAUAAAAGCCUCCAGCUAUACCAUCGAUAAAAGCCUCCGCAGGCGGUAUCUCCGGCAAACAUCUCCGGCAUCGAUAAAAGCCUCAACUCCGGCGAACAAAUCCCUUCUUCGCAGGCGGCAUCUCCAACUUCGGCAAAGACCCACUUUCGGAGAACAGUUUGUACUUCAGGCACACAUAAGAUAAACUAGGAGGGAAAAACACAGCAAAACUAGUUCGCAUAAAAUACAAGAGCAAGAAUGAUUGGUGCAGGGAAGGUGGUGUGUGUUACCGGAGCUUCAGGAUACAUAGCUUCAUGGCUGGUGAAGCUGCUGCUUAAGCGCGGUUAUACUGUUAAAGCUUCAGUUCGUGACCUCAAUGACCCAACAAAAACAAUGCAUUUGACUUCACUUGAUGGAGCCAAGAAGAGGCUUCUUUUGUUUAAGGCAAACUUGCUAGAAGAGGGAUCCUUUGAUGAAAUAGUUAAUGGAUGCGAAGGUGUUUUUCAUACUGCAUCUCCUUGUCAAUUUUCAGUUCCAGCCAGAGAUCCACAGGUGGAACUACUGGACCCUGCAGUAAAGGGAACACUGAAUGUGCUACGAUCUUGUGCAAGAGUUCCAUCAGUCAAGAGAGUGGUUCUAACAUCCUCAAUGGCAGCAGUUAUAAACAAUACUGAUUUAAAGGAUGAUGUGGUGGUUGACGAGAGCUGGUUUUCAGAUCCAUCAUACUGUGAAAAGAAUGAGUUGUGGUAUAUGUUAUCGAAGACCUUGGCUGAGAAUGCUGCGUGGAAAUUUGCAAAGGAGCAUGGCAUUGACAUGGUUGCAAUAAAUCCAGCAUUGGUCAUUGGUCCUCUCUUGCAGCCAACGAUCAACCAAAGUGUAGAACUCAUCCUGAACCUAGUAACAGGGGCUCAAUCAUUUCCCAAUGCAACUCUGCCAUGGGUUGAUGUUAGAGAUGUUGCCUGUGCACAUAUUCUCGCCUUUGAAAUCCCUUCUGCUAAUGGAAGAUAUUGUCUCGUUGAAAGAUUUGCAAACGGUUCUCAGCUCCUCGAGGUUCUUCAAGAACUUUACCCCACUCUCGAAUUCCCGGCAAAAUUCAUCGACUGUAGCAGCCUUACUUUUCCAGACUACAAAGUAUCUCAAGAAAAGGUCAGAAGUUUAGGGAUUCACUACAUCCCUUUGGAGACGAGCCUAAAGGAUACCAUGAAAAGCUUCGAGGAGAAGAAUUUAGUUAGUCUUUAAAUCAUACCAUAAUGUGCCUGUAAACAAAAUAUGGUCUCUGAUAAAUGGCCUCUCCAAAUUUACCUUCUAGUCCUCCAUUUGUUUUCCAGUUUGUCAAUAGAUAACGUACUAGAAAAUUGUGCUUUUCAUUCUCAAACUUUCCCAUUCUGCAUUUUACUCUCGCUGAUUCCCGGGUGGCAGAACUAUAUGCCAUUCUAGACUUUCUAGUAUGUAAAUGUAGCUUUAAAAUUUAUAA